AUGACGUCCCCCUCAGGGCUCAGGCAUGUCCCCUACACUGCCGAAUCCAAUGGGCUAUCUGCGCCCCCUUCUCCAAUCCCAUCAGCAGUGCAGCACAAACAAAGGACAAUGGCAAGAUGGAGGCUUGAUCGGCAACGACCGAACCGCUCGUGGAGCCUGGGUCGUCGCUUGCUUUCCCCAGAAAGCUAUGUAAAAUGGAUCGGUCACAACUCACAAAGCAACCCUUCCAAGGCUUCCCGCUCGAGGCGACAGAUUCGAGAAGAAGAAGAAGAAAAAAACUCUGCUAGAUCUGUUUGCCGGGUGGGGGGGGAGGAGAGGGGAGGAGGAGGGGGGGGCCAAGCCCAAGGCCAAGACGAAGGGCCCGGAGGGGUGGGAAACACAGAGACACAGAAACACUGUGUGCGAGGCAUCGGAAUGUCAGCCAGGACUCCUCCUCACGUGGCGAGACCGUUCUCAGCUCCCCACGCCACCAGCGCUAAGAUGAACAUGGAUUGGAAGCGGGCACUGUAUUGCAGAGAGCAAUAUGGGAGUUGA